CCGGCAGAUGAGGUCCUCCAUGGGACGCAACAUGAUGAAGAGCUCCAGCGUGAGCGGCGAGAUCUACACGCAGGAGCACACGGACGGCAGCCAGUCGGACACGGCGCUGGGCACGGUGGGCGGCGGCGGCAAGAAGAGGCGCUCCAGCCUCAGCGCCCGCGUGGUGGCCAUCGUCGGCAACCGGCGCAGCCGCAGCACGUCGCAGAUCAGCGGUCCUGAGGGGAAGAGUAAAAAGGAGAAGGGCGUGCCGAUCCAGAGGAGCACGGAGACCGGCAUGGCCGUGGAGCUGCCCAGGAACAUGAGCCGGCAGSCCAGCAGAGAGUCCAACAACAGCAGCAUGAACAGCUGCAACUCUGAGGGAAAUUUGAUCUUUUCUGGAGUGAAUCUGGGCGCCGGCAGCCAGUUCAGUGACUUCCUGGAUGGACUGGGACCAGCCCAGUUGGUGGGCCGACAAACGCUGGCUACCCCUGCCAUCGGGGACAUCCAGAUUGGGAUGAUGGAGAAGAAAAGUCAGCUGGAGGUGGAGGUCAUCAGAGCUCGUGGACUUGUGCAGAAACCGGGAUCCAAAUCUCUUCCUGCUCCGUACGUUAAAGUCUACCUGCUGAACAACGGAGCAUACGUAGCCAAAAAGAAAACCAAGAUUGCACGGAAAACGCUCGAUCCGCUGUACCAGCAAGCACUGCUGUUUGAAGAGAGCCCGCAGGGUAAAGUCCUACAGGUGAUCGUCUGGGGAGACUACGGUCGUCUGGACCAUAAAAGCUUCAUGGGAGUUGCACAGAUCCUGCUAGACGAGUUGGACUUGUCCAGCACAGUCAUCGGUUGGUACAAGCUGUUCCCGCCGUCCUCCCUGGUGGACCCGACUCUCGCCUCCCUGACACGGAGAGCUUCGCAGUCGUCUCUCGACAGCUCGCCUGGACCGCCCGGGGUCCGAUCCUAGUGGACCACAAGUUCUACACAGUCCACCGAGGGGAAUCAAAACAACAAAAAGAACUGUUGAAGCGAGAAGCAAAAAAAAGUUGGAAAUGUAGAACAACAAUCAGAAACAGCCACGAGGAGAAAGCUUUGUUGAAAUCUGACAAUCACUCCUGCUGCAGUUCUUUUUUCGCCUGUUGUAGGGAGCGUCACGUUUCAGUGUUACAUUUCCAUUCAGAGAAAAACCUCRUAGUUCUUCUUUUUUCUCGCUCUCCGGUCGAUGAAACAACAACUACGAGAAGCAAAUCAAAAUGAAACAGGGUGGUUUUUAAGUGAAUCAACAUAGCAAAGAAAUGUACGUAAGCAUUGGAAUGUACGUCCUUGAGACGAGGUAAUUCCCCCUCCCGCCUGAAGGCGGUGCUGUCUUUUCUGCAGCAGCCUCCUGCAGAAACUCAGCAGACUGCCGGCACCCCUGCAUUUGUGCGGGGUGCCUCCCCCAGCUUUGGGUACUCGGUCUGGAAGCACAGAGCCUUCUUCUGGUGCCUCGAUCACUGGUCCCUCUCUGCGUCGAAAGAUACCCCUUUCAACAUGUUUACCACGGCUGCUUCCAGGCGUCGAUUCUUUGUUGUUGCAUCUGUUUCCCUUUGUUACUACAGGCACAAAAUGUUUUUACAGUGCAUCAAAUGCUCAUGAUGAUGUUGUCAGUCCGGUGUGUGCAUGGACAGAUAAAAAUUAAGGGAUGAAAAAAAAAGAUAUAAAAUCUCGUAAAUGUUUGCUAGUGUUCUGUGAGAGGAAUAAGUGACGAUUGUGAUGGCACCUUGUUUCGGCUAGUUCUGUUUUCUUUGGGGUUUUUAAAGUGGUUUAUUAGAAUAUGAAAAUGGUUUAAGAUGCAAAACAGCUUUUUUCAGGCUUAACAGAUUAGUGUGUUUUCAUUAAAAUACAUAAUUUCCUCAUAGAUUUACAACCAUUCUCUCAGGGCAUUCCAUGGCUAAUUUUUCUAAUUUAGAUGGWUAAUUAUAUUUACGUGCAGUCAGUUCUCUUUCUUUAUGAUUCACAAAUAAUUCUCUUCACCAAAUAUCUAAACUUCACUUACCAGUGAAAACACACACAGAGAGAAAGCACCAAUGACUGACUUUAAAAAAAGCUCAUCAAUCCCGGAUGAGCCCCCAGUUUGGUAUGUUAGUUUACAAAAAAGAAGGGGCGCAAAUGCAAAUUUUACAUGUUUAUAAUUUUUUACCUUUAUUUAUUCAGGCAAAUCCCAUCAACAUCACUAAGUUUUGUUUACGCAUCUGUUUAGACUGGGAAAAUACAAGAGUACCUGGAGAAAACCCACAUGGAUGGUUGUAAAAGUUUGAGUUAGUAAAAAGAUGUAAAAUGCUAACAGUUUCUUUUAUGCACAUUCAAGUACAAAUGCUUCCCAGAGAAAGGAGAGGCCUGCAAAAGCCAGAUUUUUCUAACUUUAAUCGCUGUCAGGUGUAAUAAAAUCAGGGGAAAACUGGGUGACAACGAAGCCAAGAUGGUGGUUCGUCACAAAGACCUUAAAUUUUUACAUCAGACAGCAAGGCUAGUGUUUGUUUAAGUCCUGGUCAGCGUGCUGGCCGGUCGUCUAUGUAWAGAUGUUUAUUAGGCCUCCUGGGAGGUUGACCAAUAAAUCAAGUUUGUCACUUUGAAAUGCCACGAGGGUAUAGUUACUGUAAAAAAUAAAAUAAAACAAAAAAUAAGUACGUCAGAGAUGGACAAGACCGUCGAUUUUUCACCUUUCUGAGGGAGUGCCUUCCCUUGCCCCAGCACGUUCAAGGUUUUUAUCCAAAUCGUAGUUUGACUUUUUUUUWAAAUAUAAGCACAAGAGCUUGAUUUUUUUACUACAAAAAAGUGUAACUUUUUGUAAAAAUAGAUAAAUAUGUAGUUAUUUUAAAAAGGGGGGAGGAAAAAUAAAAACAAYAAUCCUGUCAGUUCAGUUCAUAUUUUUUGUCUCGGUAUUGAAGGGAAAGUUUGGUCAAACUGAAGAAGGUUUCUGUGUAAAAAAUUAAAAAUAAUUUAAAUCCUA